CGACGCAAACCAUUCUUCGUUGUCUCAUUUUUUUUCUCUCUCUAAACCGUUUUAGAGAGAGAGAGGGAAUUAAACAUAACUGUUCUCAGCAAUGUCAACAGCCCCAGCGCCGUCUUCGCCGCCGUCCAACAGCACCGCGCCUCCGCCGUCCACCCCGUCGGCACCACCGCCCGCCACACCUUCCGCGCCUCCUCCUGCGACUCCGUCGUCACCUCCACCUUCACCUCCGUCAUCUCCGCCACCAGCGACUCCCUCCGCUCCUCCGCCGGCGACACCUUCUUCGCCACCUCCGUCGACUCCGUCUGCUCCUCCACCGUCUACUCCUUCGACUCCAUCCCCGCCGUCAACCACUCCACCAUCGAGUUCUCCUCCCUCGCCUCCGUCUAGUUCUCCUCCCUCACCGCCGUCGGGGUCUUCACCAUCGCCACCUAGUAGCGGCGGUGGCGGAGGUGGCAGCACUCCAAGUCCACCGUCUCGGAGCUCGCCUUCUCCUCCGUCCGGAUCGAGUCCAACCACGCCUUCGCCUCCGCCGUCGUCUUCAUCUGGUAUUUCGACUGGUGUGGUGGUCGGAAUCGCCGUGGGGGCCGUCGCGAUUCUUGUUGUGUUAAGCAUUCUCUGCAUAUGCUGUCGGAAGAAGAAGAGAAGACGCGACGAGGAGUACUAUGCUCCGCCGCAACCGCCGAGGGGACCCAAAGAUGAUUACGGUGGUCCGCCGCGUCAAUGGCAACACAAUGUUCCUCCUCCGCAAGAUCAUGUGGUUUCAAUGAUGCCUCCAAAGCCAACACCUCCACCGGCUCCGGCUUAUGCUGCUCAACCUCCUCCACCUCCGCCUCCUUUUAUCAUCAGCAGUAGCGGGUCUGGAUCAAACUAUUCAGGUGGCGAACCACUUCCGCCUCCUUCUCCGGGAAUUUCAUUGGGGUUCUCUAAGAGCACUUUUACCUACGAGGAGUUGGCACGAGCAACAGAUGGAUUCUCUGAUGCGAACCUCCUCGGACAAGGUGGAUUCGGAUAUGUUCACAGAGGAAUUCUUCCCAAUGGCAAGGAGGUGGCAGUGAAGCAAUUGAAGGCUGGAAGUGGGCAAGGGGAGCGUGAGUUCCAGGCUGAGGUUGAGAUAAUUAGCCGUGUUCAUCACAAGCAUCUUGUAUCUUUGGUUGGAUACUGCAUCACUGGGUCCCAGAGGUUGCUUGUUUAUGAAUUUGUUCCGAACAACACAUUGGAGUUCCAUUUGCAUGGAAGAGGACGACCUACCAUGGAUUGGCCCACAAGACUAAGAAUUGCUUUAGGAUCUGCUAAGGGACUGGCGUAUCUUCAUGAAGAUUGUCAUCCUAAGAUCAUCCAUCGUGAUAUCAAAUCUGCCAACAUCCUUCUGGAUUUUAAGUUCGAAGCAAAGGUUGCAGAUUUCGGUCUUGCUAAGUUUUCUUCUGAUGUUAAUACUCAUGUUUCUACACGAGUGAUGGGGACUUUUGGGUAUCUGGCUCCAGAAUAUGCUUCUAGUGGAAAACUCACAGACAAAUCAGAUGUUUUCUCCUAUGGAGUCAUGCUCCUUGAGUUGAUAACUGGACGGCGACCAGUUGAUAAAACUCAGACAUUCAUGGAGGAUAGUUUGGUAGACUGGGCUAGACCUUUGCUCACACGAGCUUUGGAAGAGGAUGAUUUUGACUCUAUUAUUGACCCAAGGCUUCAGAAUGACUAUGAUCCUAAUGAGAUGGCACGAAUGGUGGCAUGUGCCGCAGCUUGCACACGUCAUUCAGCAAAGCGCCGACCAAGGAUGAGCCAGGUUGUGCGUGCUUUGGAAGGAGAUGUGUCUCUAGCAGAUCUUAACGAAGGAAUCAAACCUGGACACAGCACCAUGUACAGUUCUCAUGAAAGUUCAGAUUAUGAUACUGUACAGUAUAGGGAAGACAUGAAAAAGUUCAGAAAAAUGGCACUGGGAACUCAGGAAUAUGGUGCAAGCAGCGAAUACAGUGCAGCUACAAGUGAGUACGGUUUAAACCCAUCUGGUUCGAGCAGUGAAGCGCAGAGCCGCCAAACCACAAGAGAAAUGGAAAUGAGAAAGAUGAAGAACAGCCAAGGUUUCAGUGGAAGCUCUUGAUUCUUAUUAACUGUUUAUGCCUUUAUCUUCUGUAUAAAUCUAUCUAUCCUUCCUUCAUUUCUUUCCAAUGCCACUCUUGAUUGCUUUUUACUGACAUCUCUCGAGAGACUUACCAAUUACUAUAAUUUUUUUUCUUUCCCAAAUUGAUAAUCUUUUGAAUUGUAUUUAUCAGGGUAUACAAAAAAAAUAACAAAGGUCCAUUCUUUAUUUUUUUUUACCCUUAUUUGGCUAUUCAGCUAUAUAAUGUUGGAAAUGGAUUGCUGCAUCAAA